AAGAAGAAGAAGAAGAAAAAGAAGAAGAAGAAGAAGAAGAAGAAGAAGAAGAAGAAGAAGAAAGAGCUAGAAGAGUCCGCAGACAAACAGGCAGAGAGUUGUUGAUGUCGGAGCUGAACUCUGACCUGCAGUCCUCUUCCAGCCAUGUCCGGUGGUCUGCAGACACUCGUGUCUCCGGUGUGAGGAGCCGUGGACUCCGCACACGGACCCGUGGGGCCUGUUUGUUUUGGUUCUUCAUGAUCCGAGGCCUGCUGUGAGCUAAAGCUGCUAAAACAAACACCGAUCAGACCCGGGCUGUAAAUGCUUUCACCUCUGGUUUAGGUCUUCGUGUCGUCUCCGCCUGUAAAAUGUGGUUGAAGCUGUUCUUUUUGCUGCUUUAUUUCCUGGUGCUGUUUCUGCUGGCCAGAGUUUUUGAGGCAGUAGUUUGGUAUGAGACCGGCACGUUCGCCACGCAGCUCGUGGAUCCGGUCACGCUGAGCUACAAGAAGCUGAAAACCAUCAUCGAGUGCAGAGGACUGGGUCACUCCGGACUGGCGGAGAAGAGGGGCGUCACCGAGCUGGUGGAGAAGUCAGGGGAGUUGACUCAGGGAGAGCUGUACUCAGCCAUCAAGAAGGAGAAAGAGCAGACAGAGGCUGCAGAUUACACUACUACUGUCUUCAGUGGAGAGAUACACUUCUAUGAGUUGGUGGAAGACACUAAAGAUGGGAUCUGGUUGGUUCAGGUCAUAGCCCAGAACCAGGAAGCUCUCCUCAGUUCGUCCAACUGGGAGAAGAUGGUGCAGAAAGUUUCUCAGUUUGGGAUCAGAACUGGAACGUUCAACUGCUCCAGUGACAAUAGGUCAUGCAUUAAGCGGGGCUGGCAGCGCUCCACUCUCAUUAUGUCAGCUCCUCAGACUUCAGCAUCAAAGGGAAAAGUCAUGCUUAAAGAAUACACCAGUGGUUACACUGAGAUUGAACAAAUCUUUGGCUGGAUGACCUCCCAUGUGUCCAAUCGAAUCAAAACCCUGCGUCACUCUGAGCAGCUGAUAGAGGAGUGGCACUCGAAGCCAGCUCAUUCUAUGAGGAUGUUCCUGUUUGCCCAUCUCUCCCAGCCUCCUGCCUUCUUCUCCUCGCUGUCUGUCAAGUUUACUGGCAGGAUCGAGUUCAUCUUUGUGGACGUACGUCGUUGGGACAACCACAGCAGUCUAUCAAACAUUGGCGUAACGCAGACCCCUGCUUACAUCCUCAAAAUGCCCGAGGGUAUUUAUCGUUACGGGAACAGCACCGGGGAGUUCCUGUCUCUGGCAGCCAUGGAUACGUUUCUGCGCUCAGUUCAGCCAGAAGUCAAUGAUCUAUUUGUCCUGAGUUUGGUCCUCAUCAACCUUCUGGCCUGGAUGGACCUCUUCAUUACUCAGGGAGCAACAGUCAAACGAUUUGUAGUUCUGAUCCGAACACUUGGAACCUACAACUCCAUAUUGCUGGUGUCCUGGCUUCCUGUCCUGGCUCUCCUUCAGCUGCCCUACCUGAACACACUGUAUGGUUUCAGUCUGAAGCUGCUACGUUAUGCUGACACAACCACACUGGCAAGUUUAAUAAGAGCUGACUGGACCUUCUACUCAUCCCAUCCAGCACUGUUCCUGUCCACCUACCUUUUCCAUGGUCUGUUAGUGGACUACUUUGAGAAAAAACGCCGCUGUGGCACCAGGAACCAAGAGGACAGCACUACCAACCUGGAGUGGUUAGCAAAUUUGUGGGACUGGUACACUUCCUAUUUGCUCCACCCAAUUGCAUCACUACAGCAGUUUCCAUCUGACUACUCAGACUGGGAGGAUGAUCCAAACUUCUUACUUGAGCGUUUAGCUUUCCCAGAUCUUUGGCUUCGUCCACUAGUAAAUGUAGAUUACAUUAAACUGCUGCCAACCUGGAGGCUGAAAGCUGUCAGUCAUCAUAAGGAAAGUGUGUCUGGUAUACAACAAGACAAUGAAAUGGAGAGCCAAGAACUGCUGGAUUACUCUCCUGCAGGCCUCAGCAGACAUUCACACCACAGCACAGGGCACCAAAGAGAGCUGUGCAAUCAGGACGGUAACACAGACCCAUCUUUAAGCAGUGACAAUGAUCCUAUCAGCACCUGUCCAUGUGACCAUACUGCGUAUGAUUGGUCACAGUGGCCCGCUGACAUGCUUCUGUGUUCAGAGUGUGUGGUGUGCCUGGAGAACUUUGUGAGUGAGGAGCUGCUAAUGGGUCUGCCCUGUGGCCACGCCUUCCAUCAACAGUGCAUUGUAGUGUGGUUAGCAGCGGGCAGGCAUUGUUGUCCUGUUUGUCGUUGGCCCAGCUACAAGAAGAAGAAGGAGAGGGCUACACCAAGCAACACCAAUGAAAGCAUUCAUUUGGACUGAUCAUCUUUGAUUAAUGAACCAUUCUUUACAUUAGAAACCAGCUUGAUUCUAUUCCUGAUUUAGAGACAGUGAUAACCAACAAACCAGUUAAAACUAGCAAGUCAUAUUAGCAAAUGUAUGAAAGCUCUAUCCUGUAUGAAGAAGACUGCAAAAGAAGCUUUGCUGUUUGUUUUUAAAAUGUAAUGCACUUUAUAAAAAAGAUACUAGGAAAAAUCCACAACAGGCCAACAUAAUAAAGAUGCAUUGGUUCAGUUUCAAACCA